AUGAGCCGGGCCAGUGCCAAAGGAGGGGCCAAGCGCCGUAAGAACAAGCGGGGUGGUGGAGGCGGGGACCACAGGGCCAUAAGCAGUGUCAUGCUGGGCAGCUCCCAGGCCACUGGCAUUGGGGUCCCGGGCGCCACAAUGGCGGCAAACAGACCACUCCGCGGGAGCGAGAGUGUGGGCAGAGCAGCUUCCGGAGGCUACUUGGAGACUUCUUUUAACUUCGGGGAGACUCGAAGAACUCCACUCUCCCCCACUGUUGAUUACUGUGUUCUGUGCAGAAUAGAGCGAAAAGAUUCUUCUUCCCUAGAGAGUGGGAUUGAGGCUGCGAGAAAAUUGGGCCUUUUUGUGGCUCCCGUGGGCAGCAGUGUGCCAUACCAGACUCUGUGGGUGUGUCUACACUGCCAGUGGACCUUAGAGAAGUUGAGGACUUAUGGCGGCUUGGACCAGUCAGCACGGGGCCAAGACGUCCCUGUCCAAGGCCCUCUUAGUGAGUCCCCAGAAGAGGCAGGCGGCAGGAGGUUGCCCCGACCCUCAGAGACCCCACGUUCCCUUGAGGUCUGCAAGGAGCCCAGAGAAAUCUCCCCAGAGACAGACCCCGAGUCACAGCAGCUGCAGAACUACUGGGCUGAAGUGCGCUACCUUGUCCGCUGCAUAUACCGCCAGGCAGGGACCACGCUGGUGCCCAACAAGGAGUGGGUGAAGGAGCUUGUGGAUAGACUCUGUAAGUCAGACCCCUCCCAGCUAUACCAGCGGUUGGAUCAACAAGCACGAGAUUACCUGCUAGAGAUGAAGAUCAGCCUCCUGCAACGGCUGUCAGCCUCAUCCAGAGCAUCCAGAGCGCCAUCCUGCCUGCAGAGUCCUCUGCAGGCCUACCAGUUCAUCUCCCUGCUCCUCAAGGAGUAUGGCGCAUUCUGCCAGGCAGCACGCACCAUCAGCACCUUCCUCGUCACUCUAGAAAAUAAACACUUGAACGUGUUCCAGGUGACAUGGGAACUGCAUAAUAAACACCUGUUUGAAAAUCUGGUUUUUUCGGAGCCCCUUCUCCAGAGCAACUUGCCAGCAAUGGUGUCGCAAAUCAGGCUGGGAACUAAAAUGCAAGACACCUGCAGCAAGGACUUAUACAGCACCUUGCUCCAACAGUACCAGCACUUGGAGGAGGAGCUGCACAGUGUUGCCAAGGAGUGGUUGGAGUGCCAGAAGAGGGUCAGUGUCUACAUCAAGGAGAAGGUGAAAAUGAAAACCAAGCUAGCAAAAGACUUCAAGCAUUUUAAACAAAGGCAAUUUCAUGAAAAGCAGUUAACCGGUAGGAGAGCGGGCGCUGGUGAGAACUUGAGCGAUGCCAUGAGGCAUGUGCUGUCAUCACCUGAUCGCCGCUAUGACUCCAGCCAUUCACAUAUCCUUAUUAGUAGCAUCAUGGACCCUCCCACCCCCAGCAACACCCAGGUCCGCCAGCUGCCACACCAAAUGGGUUCUUCUGCUCCUGACCGUCUCUCUGAGAGUCACCUGCCCAGAAUGUCAUUAGCAAGCUUGGGGUCAGGUUCCAGCUCUCCCAUUCCAAUCCAGCAGCAUCCCAGACUCAUCCACACAGACAAUGUAUCUACACCACCUUUUUGCAGUGAUGAUGAUGUGGCUUCAUUGUCAGCUAAAUUUGCUGAUAUUUAUCCAUUGGAUAACAACAAUACUGAGGUAGUGAACAAGAGGUCUGAUGCCCGGGGGGACCCUGCCGGCCUCUUCCUCAGCAGCUCAAUCCUGGCUGUGCCAGCCUGUUACAGCCCCCAUUACGAAGGGCAGGGUAGCAAGAAAGGUGGCUAUGACCCACAGCAGGAAGGCAGGGCAAAGAGUGCAGACAAAGACAGCUGCUCUGAGCACAGCUCGAACACCAGCACCAGCAGCUGCGCCUGCACCUGCACCUAUGCUGGCCAGAAGGAGGGCAAGUAUUGUGACUACUGCUGUGAAUUCUUCAGGCACAACUGGCCUUCAGCCGCACCAAGAGGUAGAAAUUAUGAAGGCAUGAGGGAAAAGCUUCGUUUCCGGCUGGCAAAGAGAAAAGAAGAGCAAUCGAAGAAAACAGAUCAGCUCUCAGAACAGGAAAGUGUGGUGGAUCAUCGCACAGUGGAGGACUUGCUGCAGUUCAUAAACAGUUCAGAUACCAAGCCUGUGAGCAGCACACGGGCAGCCAAGCGGGCAAGACAUAAACAGAAAAAGUUGGAGGAGAAGACUCGCCUUGAAGCAGAGGCCAAGGCCCAGGAACAAGAGCACCUCCGAGAGGAGCAGAGGCAACAGGAGCAGAAACAACAGGAGGAGAUGAAGGAGCGGCUCCCAGAGGAGUUUCAGCAGCUUCAGAAGCUCCAAGCUGUGAAAAAGAAGGAGAAACCAAGAAAAGACUUUCCCAAGUUGGACAUGCCUCGUGGAAAUUUCAGGGCAGCAACAAAGUAUGUGUCUGUCUCUGCACACAUACACAGUGGUUCCCUAGAGCAAACUGAAGAACCAAAAACCUCUUCUCACUCACCUUCCAGACACGCAGCCCACACAGGGUCAGGGGCUCGUGGGGAUUCCAAGUUCGUCCUGACAAAGGAGGUCAGUGGGAAGCAGCAGGAGCCCUUCUCUUUUCUCCUGGACACAACGCAUCACCACAAGGAGGGGACUGGCAAACAAAAGCCAAAACAGGCAUGGAAGGCCAGCAGCGAGCCAAGGAGGAGGCCUGCGGAGUUCUCCAGAGCCUCAGAGGUCCAGCCCAGACCCCAGACCCAGACUGAGCCAAAGGCUAAAGUGCUUGAUCUCACUUCGAUGUCAGAGCAGCAGAGAAAGGAGAGAAAAGUCAACAGAAACAGUAACAAGAAACAGCUGGACCAGGUCAAAUCAGGAAAGGCAAGCUCAGGCCCCACUGAGCCCACCUGCCCUACUAAGCAGGUGCACCACAGCAAGCUGGUGUUGGCAGACACCCCUCAGCCCAAAGGCAAGAGCAAGAAAAACAGAAAGAAAAAGGGAGAUGGAGAUGGAGAUGACAGCUCGCUUGAAGAUGUCUUUAUGCCUAAAGACAUCGACCUAGAUAAUGUGGAGAUGGAUGAGACAGAGAGGGAAGUGGAGUAUUUCAAAAGAUUCUGCUUGGAUUCCACCAAACAAACCCGACAAAGACUGUCCAUAGACUGGUCCAAUUUUAGCUUGAAAAAACCACCUUUUCUGCCCACUGAAUGA